UUCAAGGGGAGGGGUUUGCAGGCGAUCCAAGGAAUUAUUCUGGCAGAAUUAACGUAGAGCUCUGCUGUUCAGUUUGCAGAAUCGUAUAAAAAUGACCAGAGUUGAGAAGUUUGCUUUGCACAUACCAAGCCUAGAAGAAAUUGUUGGGGUUUUGCAGAAUGGACUCAAAGAAAACUAUGCAGAUGUUCAGGUGUGCGUGGUAGACUGUCCUGAUUUGACUCAAAAACCCUUCAGCUUUCCUGUGAAAGGCAUUUGUGGCAAGCCAAGAAUUGCAGACGUUGGAGGCGUUCCAUACCUUAUGCCUCGUGUACAAAAAGAUAAGGUUUAUGACCUGAACUCUGUGGCAAAAGAAAUUCAGCUCCCUGGAGCUUUUGUUCUGGGAGCUGGAGCUGUUUCAUCUAGAAUUGUUGGAGGCAAUGCUGAGCUUAUUCCUAUUGUUCACACCCAACAUGACAGCAAACCAGCUAUAAAUGGAAGCUACAUGGCCAGGAUUAGUGACACGGAUGGUGGGUGCCUGCUGGAGAAGUACAGCACCAAACACCAGGACUGUGAAUUUGGCCUGCUGGCCAACCUGUAUGCCAGCGAAGGCCGCCCUGGCAAGGUCAUUGAAGUAAAAGCAAACAGAAGAACUGGGGAACAGAACUUCAUAUCCUGCAUCAGGAAAGCCUUAGAAAAACAUUACGGAGACAAGCCGGUAGGGAUGGGAGGUACUUUUGUGAUUCAGAAGGGGAAAGCGAAAAUUCAUGUUAUGCCGUCAGAAUUUUCCACCGGUCCUUUAAACACUGAUGAGGACGUGAACAGCUGGCUGAAGUUUUUUGAAAUGAAGGCUCCGCUCAUUUGUCAACCAGUGUUGGUUUCCAGAGAUCCAGGCUUCGAUCUGCGUCUGGAGCAUACUCACUGCUUCAGCCACCACGGUGACGGGGGACACUACCAUACAGACACCACACCGGAGACUGUCGAGUAUCUGGGAUAUUUCACGCCCGCUGAGUAUCUCUUUCGAAUUGACAGACCCAAGGAAACACACAUGGUGGGGCGAGAUUAAACUGGCACCAGCUUCUCUUGGAGCGAAAAGGUGUUUCGUCUGAGAAGCAGAAAACCAAGUGUGGGGCUGCCAGUUUGCUUUUAACUGAAAUGCCAGUCACUUAACUCUAAUUGAAGCACCACAGAGCACUUUUUCAUUUUUUUAAAAAUAUAAAACAUGCCACAUGGAUGGUUUUGAUUGGAAACACGGUUGAAGUCAAACUGAUGAGAAUAAUCAGAAGCCAAAUCAUUAAAUGAUCCCUAUGUUAAGUUUCCAUCCUUUUCUUUUAGCAGCAGCCCACUCUGAAUGGUACGUGAGGUCCUUCCCCACAGUUGCCAACUUCCAGGUAGUAUCUGGAGAUCUCCUUGUAAAGUCCCCUUGUGAAGUCUUGUAUUCCACUAACCCAUUGGCACCCACUUAAUUACUUAUUGAGCUGAACACUGCCUUUAUCUAGCCUAAAUCUGUGGUCCAUUAGCCUCAUUGGGUGCUUCCGUGUUCUAGUUUGAUGAGAGAGGGAGAAAAAAGGAAAGGCCGCCAACUAGUUGUUGUUGUUAUUGUUAUUAUUUAUUGGACUUUUAUACUGCUCACCCCCAAAGGGCUCUGAGCAGUGUACAGCAUAAACAACAUAACACAACUUAACAAAAGAGCACUCUCAUAAUUUAAAUGUAAGUGCAAUAUAAAUAUAGGCUCUAAAAAUUAAAAUAAUUAAAACCAUUUAAAACACAGCGUACAAAAUAUAGCGUCCAGACGAUCUAAAAAGCUCCUCUUGAGAGGGAGAUGGAAAGGCCCAGAGGUGAAAAAGGGCCGCAGAAGUUAAAAAGGGGGAGAGUUAUGUAUGUCUUUGACACCACCUUCUAUGACAACGUUAUUCAGAGAUGAGAAUGUGUUUGGGCCCCCUCAGGGGAUUCAAAUGUGCUCUGUAUUCACAACAUUCCUGCAUCUUCUUGUUUUGCCCAAGUUGAAUUUGGGCAAAACUGGAUGCCCAGAUAGCUGCCAUUCUGUUAAGCUUGCAUUGCAAGUGGAAGACGGGAAGCGAAAAUAAAUACAUGUAACAAGCACAGCUGUUAACUCUUUUUGCAACUAUGACGGAUUUUUCUGCCAGUAACGCCCUAGUUCACAGUUAAGCAGUCUAUGAAAAUAAAACUGAUUUGAAACUAAUGGGUUAUUUUCCUUUCUCUACUGUGUUUCCCUGAAAAUAGGACAGGGUCUUAUAUUAAUUUUUGCACCAAAAGAUGCAUUAGGGCUAGUUUUCGGGGUAGGGCUUAUUUUGGGGGGAAUACGGUACCUUCACAAUUCAUUAAGGUGGGUUCUCCCUUUCUUCCCUGUUACAUGUGAUGCAAGCCGCAUCCUCAUUGGCAGGGAGCACCCUGCUGGAUCACACCAUCCUGAUCUGUAACUACCGGUAGGGUUUAUAUUUCAAGCACCCUCCAAAUAUCCUGAAAAAUCAUGAUAGGGCUUUUUUUCGGGGUAGGUCUUAUUUUCAGGGAAACACGGUACUUCAUUGAAGGGGUACUUUACCCCUUCAAAGUUAUCUCAGGUGACUUGAAGAUUGAGCACUAGUAUUGCCCUCACAUUUAAAUCCAAUUGUAUACACAGGAUUGUACCUUCGGUUACCGAACACACACUCACCCUAUUGUUAAAAGCAAGAAUCAGUACUAAUGAAACUGUAUAAAGAAAGAGAUGGGAUAAAAGAUUCUGUGCUCACUCUUUAUGAAUGGAAAGCCUUUAGCUGCCUUGUUCAUUUUGAGAGACAGAGCUGAAAGCAUUGAAGUAUUUUUUGCUCAGUUGUGUCAAAAGUUUUCACUAAAGUGCUCUACAUUUUGAUAUUGCCAAAUAAAAUAUAUUAAUUCAA